AGAUCCAACAUGGCUGCUCCCUUGUAGAUGUUUUCAGGCUUCCUGCUUGUGCGGAGUAGCUGCAAACCAUGAGGGGAUUGCUGCCACCAUGGAUGCAAAAGAAAUAGUCCACUGUGCUGUGCAGAUAGAGAGAUCCAAUGCAGACAGACGCUAUGGGAACGUCUUGACCCUCCUCGGUGACCUUGAUAAGUCUCACAUCACAGCAGAGCAGCUGGAAACAACAGGCGUAGUUCAAAGUCUCCACAGGCUCCUGAAAAGCUGCUCUGAUGACGGCGUGAAGAGGACAGUGAGGAGCUUGUUGUCGAAGUGGAAGAGACAGUACAGCAAAGACACCCGAGGUGUGAAGAGCACAGAAGAUCCUGACCUCUCUCAGAGGGGGUCUCUAUCAGAUCGGGCCGAGGAUGGAGGAGUCUCCGAGCAGGGGGACUCCCACACUGAUUCAGCGCAGACAUGUGACAGCAAAGUGAAGUGUGCACAACAAGAAGCGUCAUCCUUAGUGGCAAAAGAUGACGCUUCUUUCACAUCUGCAUCCUGUAGUUUCUCCCCUGUAAGACCCAAAUGUGCUCAGCUCCUUCUGGCUGCCCUCUGCCCCGAACUUGCCGAUCAAGACAAGGCCGAAGAGCUGGCUGCAGACAUGGAGCAGCACAUCCACGAGCUCCACAAAUCCAGCCAGGUCAAAUACAAAAGCUGCGUGAGGAGCAAGGUGGCCAACUUGAGGAAUCCUAAAAACCGCCAUCUACGUCAGGGCCUCCUGGGCGGCUCGCUGUCACCUGAGGCCUUCGCCCGGAUGUCUGCAGAGGAGAUGGCCAGCGCAGAGCUCCGGCAGCUCAGGGAGGAGUACUCAUCUCUGGGCGUCAGCGAGAGGCAGCUCCCUCGGGGGAUAGAAGGGACGCAGACGCAGAAGAUCCGCUGCAAAAAAUGUGGGGGGUCGGACUGUAAGGUGACGCAGGUGUCCAGGGGUGCCCUUUUCUUGCCCGCGUGGGUGAGGCAGAGCGGCCCUGACGAUGACGCAAUGACGUUUGUGACCUGCAGCGGGUGUGGGCAGCAGUGGUACCACAGCGGAUGGGUGUGCCUCUAAAGAAAACAGUAUCAGAUCAAUCAUUCACGAUAAAAAAAUGACAAUAAAUCAAUUUGUCAGCAUCAGCAUCAGCAACAGGAUGAAUAACAAAAAUGUACGUGUUCAUAUUAGUAUAUUUGCUGGUUUUCUAUGAUUAUCAGAAUACCUUUGGGUCGGUUAAACAAAACAAGAUAUGUGAAAACACCAAAUUGCAUUCUGGGAAGCUGUUUUCAAUACUUACUGACAUUUUAGUGGUCAAACAUGUGGAUAGAUAAUUAGAAUUAUCAACAGAUUAAUCAAUAAUUCUAAUACUUGUUAGUUAUGCCAAUCACAAUUUCCCAGAGAACCCUGCAAAAAAUGGACUUUUGAGGAGUUGCAACCAAUGAGUGUUUACUUUAUAACAACUUUAACUGUCAUUGUGUCAUUUUAGCAUUGCAAUAUGGUUUUCCUGUUUUCACCUCAGUUAAAAUGUUUCGUUUUUUUCUGUUAAGAUUGAGAAACUUCUACAACUUUGCAAAACAAGUUGGAGUUUAAAACAUUGUUCUUGAGGCUUUGUGGUUCCUUUGCUUGUCUCUUGAAAAGGUGAAAUAUUUGAACCCUAAUGUGCUGACACAUGUUUUCAAUACCAAAUGCGUAAACACAACAAAAUGAGACAAAAGACAUUUUCCUGCGGCCUCCUAAAUGCUUAAGAUAUUCUCAGAGGAAUGCAGAGUAGAAACAGAGGACAGAGCGUUCUCGCAGGAUGGAGUGCAUACUUGCGGUUGAACAUCACAUUUUUAGGAUGCAUCCUUUAUUUUGCAUGUGCAUUCACCAGUGAAUCCGUACCUAGAAGCGCAUAUGACCUUUCUGCUUCAGGCUGAAAAAGACGAGUCACUGCCUCUUGCAGCUGCAAAUUGAAACCGCAACUUUUUAAAGAAGUAGCUCUCGUCAUCUUCGUCCCGCUAAGUCAUUUCCUGUCUCCUCCAGUGAGUCUGUACUUACCGUAGCCAACUGCUUUUCCUGGAUCCCCUUCCUUAAGUGAAUAUGUUCUGGUCAGAGACACGAUGUAAAGCCACUUCAGUUUGACCUUUGACCCUACUAAUGUAUAAUUAUCUUGAUGCAAGGGAAGAAAGGCUAUUCUUUUGCACUUAUUGUGUGAGUCACGAUUGGUAUGAAUGUUUAAACUCCGUUAUAAAAGGAGAAGAAAACAUUCCCCUAGCUUCUUACAAUAUACCAUUCAUGUGGAGGCAUGUGACCUCAGAAAACGCACGGCAUGUGAGUCAGUAAUCUGCCCUCUGGGUUCGGAUAUCCCAUGGUCCUUCACUCAGUCGACGUGGCACAAUGACUGGUUUACAUCAGGACAUCACAACGCCGGGCCUUUACUGUGAAGGCUGAAGGGUUUCUGAAAACUGUUUAA